AUGGGCUCGAGUCUGGUCACCUCCCUCUCGGGCACGCGGAGGGAGAUAUCGUCCCAUCGGACAGCAUUGGAGAAGGGGAGCCGGAUGCCGUCGGCGAUGACGACGGGAACGCAUCCGACAGCCACAGACUCCACUAGCCGUGGGCUCCACGGGGCCCAUCCCCGGGGGCAAAGGCAGAAGACCGACCGCGCCAUCUCCGACCGGAACCCGUCGUGCCGCUUCCUCUUCAGGAAGAACCGCCGGUCGCCGCCGUAGCGCCGCCAGAUCUCCGUCCUCACCCCGCUGGAGGAAGAGAGAAGCAACGGAAGAAGGUGGUCAACAAGAGAUAGAAGCAACGGCCCGCCAUGAGUUGACUUGACCCUCUUCCUUACUUGCCGUAGAUCCGGCCGCUGAUGUUCUUGGGGUGGACCUCCAUCUUCCCGCGGAAGUACACCCAGAUGUCGCGCACCGGCGGCGUCGCUACCGACGGCGGCGCUGGUCUCUGCAGCAGCUCCGGGGGCACGUACGGGGGGAUCAGUACGUGCUCCACGUCCUGGCACGCGUGAGGCCGGUCAACCCCGAAGGUCUGGAGGAUGAUGGACCGCCGUAGGAACUCCGGUAUCCCCUCCGCCACCGCCACAUCCUCCUGGAGUUGAAUGAAUGAAUGAAUAGGCGAGAAUUUUGGGAAGGGAAAGGCUCCUACUUGGGGGUUGGACUAACCAUGGCGUGGAAGCAGGCCCCGUAGUCGUGGGAGGCGACGAAGACGUGAUCGGCACCGCCGCGGAGCCCCCAGAAGGGGUGGCGGGAGGAGAUGAAGUCCACGGCGGAGGAGAGGAGGCUCCGGGCGUGGCCCAGCGCGGGGAAGCCGUUGGCGGUGCUGAAAUUGCAGGAGACGUAAACGGGGACGAAGAAGAAGUUGGCGGCAUGAGGAUCGAGCGUUCGCACGGGGCUGCCGAGUAGGGUCUCGUGCAGGGCGACCUCGGCGGCGAAGAGGUGGGUGGCGCAGCGAGGAUUGGCCAGCCAGUCUCUGUUGUAGCUGGAGGGGAGGUCGUAGAUGUAGAUGCGGAGGGACAGAGAGUCCGGCAAGGCGGCGCCGCCGGGGAGCUCAGAGUCGCCGGCGGCGAUUAGGGCUCGGGAGGCGAGGGAGGUGUGCUUGCGGAGGAAGCUGUGCUGGUGAGGGCGGCGGAAGUGCGGCGCCGUGGAAAAGGUGGAGAGGAAGAAUAUGCAGAGGGAAAGUGAGAGCCAAACGACCCAUUGGAGAUACCUCUUCGGAAGGAUGUGGGCUCUGUCUUGGUGAGUUUUCCUAUGAAUGAACUUCAUGGGGAUGGCGGUGGUGGCCUCGCGGUGGUGGUAGUGGUGGUGGAAGAGAGCCGAGCCAUGCCGCUUCGCGUCCGGUGGCAUGCGAGAUUAUAAGACACGGCGCCGUUCUAGCCGCUACGAUUGGUGGCGGGGAGCUCUCCGUCGCCGGUCAUUGAGUCGAGACCAAGGGACCUUCCCGGAGACGGAUGCGGAGGAGAACGAAGGUUUGGAGUGGGAGAAACUCCGAGCUAGGGAAGUGGGUUCUCCAUCCCGUCGGUUCUGGUGCCAGCCCAAUCGUCGGCGCUGGUGUGUUUAUUAUUUUUAUCUUCGAAAACCUCGAUGCUCAGAGCAAACACAUGGGCUGCUUUUAAUGCCCUCCCUAACCCUCAUCGGCUUCUCCAAGCUGUUAGUUACUUUCGGGGACGGCGGCGCCGCCGGGCUCGGCUUCAGAGCUUGCCCUCUUGGUCAAGCAGUUGAAGACAUAACGCGGCCGCCGAUAAAGCGGACAAGAGGCUUUGGUGGUCAGCUUUCCCCUUCCCCACGCGGUUUAUCCGCAAGAUGGCAGCGGCGACCCUUUCCCCGGCGUGGCGCCGCCGUGAGACGACGGCUGUGGGUGGAGCUGCGGGCGGGAGAAGCGGUGGUGGUCCUCGUGGGCGACCGACCGGCGAGAAGAUUCUUAUCAUGCGGGUCUGAUUUGAGGUCUCGAUCACGAGAUCCGUACGCAAAAGUGCCCUUUUUUCACGUUAUGAUCUCUCCACAUAUUAUAUAACAUAAUAUGUAGAGAAAAGACCGACCCGCUGGAUCGCUCCACUGGGCCAAGCUCCGCUGGUCUCAUCUCAUUGGGCCUCCUAGUGAUUUCAUACAUGGGCCGUCUGUUUUCUUUCUCGACGGGCGUUAAGAUUAGCUCUUUAGGGGAGCCAUCUCGGCCCAUAAUAUCGGGGCAUUUUAAUGUCGUUUGUUUUUCGGUCAUCCUUUAAUGGGCCUUUAUAAAAGUCUCGUACAUGGGCUGUCUGUUUUUUCUUCGACGAAGGUGAUGAUUGUGGGGCCCAAAUAGGCCCAACUACAUUGGUCGAAGUCGAUGUCUUUUCUUAUCGGGUCGCCUUGUAAGCUUUUACGUUGAUCGUCUGUUCUGUUCCGUCUGAGAGCGGGGCCCACUCUCCAAUGAUUACCUAAUUAAUCACGUGGCCUUGCCAGCGUUGAAUUCCGCAAAAAAUUCUUCAAAAAACCAUGACCGAUUCGGAAUCAGUUCCAAGCAGGUUCGCAGUCCUCAAAGUAGGUGGUGGAGAUCCGCAAGAAUUCACUUUCAAUUCCUGAAUGGUCAGUCUCAGGGGCUUGUCCGUAUGUCACCAUAGUGAUGUUAUCGGUCUUCUGGGCGAGAUAUUUCUUGGUGGGCCCUGGCCUGGGCUUUCGAUGUGGGGCCCUCAGAACUCAGACACCGACGCCGCUUUUGAUCUUCAUGUGGACAUCCGACGGCUGAGAGGUCAUCCCGAGGAUGGCACACUCAUUUCACGGUCCAGAGAGUAGAAUCAGGUUUCACGUUGGGCCCACGGGAGAUUGGUCGGGGAGCAGCCAGGUCAGCAAUGGCCCACGGGGAGGAAUCUGGUUAGUGUCUGCUAACAUACACGCUGUUCUGUUCUCUUCGCAAACCACGAUCGGCAGCUAGAAAAAUAUCUGCAAUCCCAUUCUUCAGUAAGAGGUCGACAUGGUAUAAAAAAGGGGGAAGAUCCUGAGAAGGCGCUUGUCAAUCUCUCUCUCUCUCUCUCUCUCUCUCUCUCUCUCUCUCUCUCUCUCGCUCGUUAUUUUCUAAUUGAGUUCGAGGGAGGGGGGAGAGAGGUUUGCCAGCCCGACCGUGGGACUAGCGAAGAUGAAUUGCCUUCAAAGUCUUCCCAGGUAAGUUGGAUCCCCUGGUGCGUGUGUUAUUCUUUUUCUUUUCCGCUUGAAUCAGGACUCUAAUCGAGAAUUUUCAAUGACGGCCUCAGGUCGUGUGGCCUGCGUGUAUGCAGACUCAGAGUCCAUUCUCAAAAGCCUCCAAACUUUAAUCUGGUGCCGGAGGUUAGAAUUUAUCUAUCGCGUUACACAUGGUGACCAUUGCCCGACUGUUUACCAGGCUUGUUGUCUUCCGAUUCCGUGCAGGUGGCAGUGAGAGCCAAUCUCCGCCGUAACGUCACCAUGAGUGUAAGCUCUCUCGAUUUCCAUCUUUAUUAAGGCGUAUAUUGAUAUCAUUUUUAGAAGAGAAGUUUAACACCUGGAUUGCCUUGAGUAUUUUUAAAAAUGAGGGUCGCUGAAUUAGUUAUAACAGGUUCUCCUACAAGUGCUUCAUGUCUCAGACAUUCCCACGUACUGAAGAAAAAAUUGUGGUGGAAGAUUAUCUUGAAUUAGGUUCACUUGGAACUUUUUAGAUGUUUGCAAAGCGAGGGCGCGCCUCUUUCUCACAUACUUACUGUAGACUGGCAUUACUAGCUUAAACGAGUCACUGAUAGAGAAAUUCCUGGAUUGUGAUAAGUUGACAUAGGCGAUGCUGAGUUCCAUGGCCAAAUGUUUUCAAAUUUUCUCUACUUGUCUAAUUCUUAUCUUUCUAUUUUAUCAGUUUUUUUAGAAAUCACAGAAAGAGAUGAUAUAGAUGUCAUUAUAAUAGUCAUGGAUGAAUAAUGAAUUCGUUAAGGUAGCUGGGGAAGAGAAAAGAUCUUUAUGUUAUAGUUUUCCAUCAUGGUCGAGCUUUUUGUUCACAUUUUUUUGUCUUGAAUAUGCACCGGAUAAUUUCUAGUUUAAAUUUUCUUUUUCAAAACUUCUAUGAUUUUGAUGACUAGUAAACUUACACCAUAUAAUAUGUGGUAGAUCCAACAAAAAAAUUGUUGACUAGAUCAGACAAUAGUUAAAGUGGUAUUGCUAAAUGGAAUGUAUAAGAAAAUAAUAAGAUAAUGGAUACUCAAUUAGCGAAUAGGUAAGAGUAAACAUAAUCUGGAAUAUGGUUCGUGAAAUCCUUUUAUGUUAUUUUUAAUAUAUAUAGAUAAGAUCGACACGAAAUACUCAGAUAUUUCCGUCAAUUUUCUGACGAUCCUAAAAAAUUAAAAAAGGACAUAGGGAGCUUCUCAUAGAAGCAAUGAAUAUUGAGAUUUUUUUUUGCCUUAACUUUGUUAAUGGGGAUUUGGUGAAUAUUGCUGGCUGGAGUCCAUUCCUCGAAGAAAGCUUUCUUUUUAUGUUUUUCUAAAAUCAAAAGCUGCUAGUAAAUGCAAAUUAUUUCGUUACUACCUUCUUUGUGGGCCUGGUGAGUCUGACGCUCUGUAAUGAACUCCAUUUUAAACUAGUGGGAUUUCAAAAACGUGAUCCAGAUAAUGUUUUACAGGCAUCCUCCGGCUUCGCUUCAAGCGCAGAGAAAAGUAGUUCUGAAGAAGAGGCUGACAAGUCCGAGAUAUACAGUCACGACAUGACGGAAGCGAUGGGUGCUGGUGAGUAUACUGUGUUUUUCUUUCCCUCUGGAGUCUAAUAUUUCUGUAUUGUUUAAUCUGCCAUGAAGUCAGACUGUAGACAUCGGAUACUUCUGGAACUCAGUUUCCCUGACCUUUGCUAUCAAAAUGGACAGUACUGACGUAUAGGCACGAGUUAGGAAUGAACUACAAUUUUAUUCGUCCAGAUUUGAUUGUUGGAUCUUGCCUUCAGGUAGUUACUUUAACCUUUUUUUUCUAUUACGUGUGUUCUGCAUUCUAAAAUUUCUGACCGCAGACACCUGAAGAUGUUGACAAGCUCCGCAAAGUUGGGGUUAAGACCAUUUUUUGCUUGCAGCAAAAUCCGGACCUCGAGUAUCCUUUGUUUGGUAGUUUCUACAAGUUAGCAAAUUAAAUCAUUGUUUUAUUGCUUGCUAUAAAAAUUUACAACUGUGAUACUUGGAACAAAUCCUAGAGACAAAAGGAAGGGCUUGACGUUAUUUUAUCGAGAAGAUCAUCAAAUGUCACUGUAGUCCUAUUAAUAUCUGUAGAUACUUUGGGGUCGAUAUUAUUGCCAUACAAGAGUAUGCAAAGCAGUGUGAAGAUAUCGAACAUUAUCGUGCUGAAAUAAGGUAAGUAGAAUGCCGGACUUAAAAAUUACUGGUGGGAAACACUUUGGUGCUUAUUAUGCUAGAUGAGGUGCGCUUUUGUUGAAGCAGUUUCGAUUUUUAUACCCCUGGAGUGUUCUCGUUGAUAUUUAUUGGCAUUGGAGCUAAAAUUGUAGCAUAAGUAUCCAUUUCUUGAAAAUAACGGAUUGCAUGAUCGUAUGUGCGAAUGAAGUGUGGUUCAUAUAAUUACGUUAUCAUGUAGCUAUUAUAUUUUUCGGUCAUUUAGUCCAUUUUAAUUUAUUUUUUUCAUGCAUGCGCGAGCCUUAGUUUAUUAUUAUGUAUCUUAUAAGGAUUAUCGUUCUGCAUUUAUUCUAUUGAAAGAUGAUCUGUGGUGUCUAGUGGAUGUUUUAGGUGCACGAUCCUGUGAGAAAUCACACAGUACGCUUUUAAAGUAUCCUUUUUAUGUGGCAUUAAUAUGGACGGAUGACCGAAACACCAGUAUUUAAUCCAGUGGUUAAAGAAAGCAGGGUGUCGGUUCAUUUAGUUACUUGGGAGAUAUUCCAUUCUGCAGGCUUAAACUCAAUUAUAGACAAGUGCUUCAAGUUUCAACAAAAAACUAGUCACAUCUCAUUUGCGGUUGACAUGAAAAAGACAAUGCAUGACUUUUAUGUCUUCCAGCUCGAAAAUUAAUUUUCACUACUACUGGCGUGUGGUAGCUGAUAAAUUAAUUUUCACUGCUGUGUGUGAUAUAAGUCGCUUGAUGUGAAAUAUUUGACAAAAUUAAAAAGAUUCUACGUGUCUGACAGAUUUUUUCUUCCAAGAUACUACAUCUUAUUUUGCGUUUAUCUGUUUCUUUGUUAUUCUGAUUUGGGUUCAAACAGGGACUUUGAUGCCUUUGAUCUGAGGAUGAGGCUUCCAGCUGUUGUGGGUAAGUUGGUCAAGGCUGUAAAUCGCAACGGUGGCGUCACCUACAUUCAUUGCACUGCCGGGCUUGGAAGAGCUCCUGCUGUUGCGGUAACACAUUUACUUCAUAAAAUGUCUAAUCUCCGAUCAAACAGUUGGCUACAUGUCUGUCCAUGGUGUACGAAGUCAUGUCUUAGGAUUUCACACAUCGUGGAUCUCCUAUAGGAAAAAUUUCAAGGGAACAUUAGUUGAGCAUUCUAAUUUCUCAUAGAUAGUUGAGUAUGCUUUUCCUUUUAUGAUGUUUAUUUGGACGGUUAAUCCCCCAAAUAAUGUAGUGUAUUGAGAUAUGAAGAGUACACUGCCGAGGGUUGAUGAAAUCUAGGUUUUCUGUUAGACAACUGAAUUUCGUGGGAUUUGACCACAGCAUCACCACGUUUACCUUUCUGGGGUACAUGGCACCGCCUUGUUGUCGGGUGAAAAGGAGGAAUUGUGACUGCCUCCCGUUGAAUGCUUGGCUACCAUUUGAGGUUGCCUCUAUAACCAGAUCCGCAUCCAGAUAGGUCAAGAUAUUAACAAAAACAGUUGCUGUUGUAUGCAUAUGGUUACCUUUGAGUUCGCACCACCUCCUUUGAUUCUAAACGUCAAAUUCAUGGAAAAUAUUAAAAACGCGACCUGCUUUUUUCUGUUGCAUUUGUUCUUCUAAAUUUAUUCUUUUUAAAAUUUCCUCGUAGUUUAAUUGUCUUCUGUUUUAUGAAAUUGUAGUUGGCGUACAUGUUUUGGGUCCUUGGAUAUAAGCUCAGUGAUGCGCACGACUUACUUCUGGUAACACGCAGUGCCCUUGUCCAAUCUAAUCUUCUUCUCCUUCUAUCCGUUAGAGUUGACUUUGGAUUAGGAAAGAACGACCGGAAUGAAUUAGGAAAUGUUAAUUGCGUGGGUUCGUGGUCGAUCUGCUAUGUAUGAUGAUGUCUUUACAAAGUCAAUGUCUUACGGUGAAUCGGUGCAUCAUACGUUGUCGUCUACUCUUGUUUCAGAGUCAACGGUCUUGCUUUCCGAAGCUUGAAGCCAUAAAGAAUGCGACUGCUGAUAUGGUGAGCUCCAAUGUCCAUCAUUCCUUUUAUGCCUUUAUCAGUUCGGACUCCGUUGUCGAGAAUCCUCCAGUUUCCCAACCAAUUUUCCCAACGAGCGUUGGGUCGUUCGCGGGUAUAGGCUAUUUUAGAGCUACUACGGUUGAGCCGGGUGUGAUGUCUUCAGUGUAGCACUCUUUGUUCGGGUUUUCUUCAUAUUUUGUCAACCCAAGUUCGUCCAGUUUUCUCACCUCAUCUUCCUGACAGUUGGGUGGUGUGUCCUCAAACGUCAUUACGUUGACGUGGAAGGACGACGAGUGCUCGUCAGUGGAAGUCUCUGGACUCGACAUCGGAUGGGGACAGGUGACGACACUUCUCCUCUGGGCGACAUUCUUUGUAAUAUCGUUAUAAAAAUAGGAAACAUUUUUCGUAGCUGCUCGGGGGCUCAGCUGAAAUUCUCAUCACUCUUCUUUUUCUUUUUUUUUCUUGUAAUCAAAUUAAUCUGGACGUUGCAGGCCCCAGCCACCCAAUUCUUGUCUAUCUGUUUAGAUCUCUCGCAGAUGCUUCAACUGUCCACUGACUUUCUCUGUCCAUGCUUUUUUCUCCCCUUCCGUAGAGAAUUCCCUUGGAUUUCGAUGAGGAGCAUGGAGUCUGGACCCUGCAGAGAAAACUGCCUGUGAGUAUCCCACAGAGAACCACUGGUCCGACCGUCUCGUUCAUUCGAGAUUUAUCACGGAGCAUUUUUGCUCCUCAUGUCAUCUGAUUUCUCUCCGUCGUCGCCCUCGCAGGCCGGAAGAUACGAGUACAAGUACAUAGUCGACGGCGAGUGGACGUGCAACGAGGAGGAGCUGGUGACCUCCCCCAACGACGACGGACACGUCAACAACUACGUCCAGGUAGUUAUUGAGCGCCGCCACUGCAGCAGCUCCUUCUGAGCUUUGUAAUCCCAAGGGAACCGAACCAACCGCACGUGUCUUCGCACAGGUCUUCGCCGAUUUUGAUGUCCGCGAAGAAGAGAUCGAGGUGAGGGAGCGUCUGACCGGCCCGGACGCCGGCGUGGAUCUCACCGAGGGGGAGCGCCGUGAGAUCCUCCAGUUCCUUGAACUCUGCGCGGAGCAAGCCGAUGGAGAUCUGGCCGUUUGA